CCCCCCCUCUUUCCCCACCCGUCACAUGACUUUUUAUGUGACUUGCAUUUCCUCAUCACUCACCUCCGAAGAUCUCGGGCUACUCACUCAGCUCUUGUUUAGUUUUAAUCACCGCCAAGUGUCAGGUCAUCAUGUUCCGAUAUGGCGCGUUUGCCCUUCUCCUGGCGUUCGAAUGCGUCAUCCAUCUGUCACGUGGGACAGAGGUGACGGUCAAAGACAAAGAUGACAAGUUGUGCCUUUACGCCAACCUCUCGGUCAACUUCUCCGUUUCGUACAUGGCUUCCGAGAACAAGAGCGCGCUGGCCCAGUUCGAACUCCCCGCCGAAGUCACGUCCAACGGCAGCAGAUGCGACAACGCGAGCUCCACCUUGAAGCUCAACUUCGGAGCGGGACACUCCUGGACCGUGAACUUCAGCGUCAGCGGGAACGCGUACCGGGCGGAUUCCGUCACGUUCUCCUACAACCUGAGCGACGCCACCGUCUUCCCCAAAUCUGCUUCCACCGACACUCUCUCCGUGACCGUGAGGCCUCACAUCACUGACGUGAGCAUGGGCACCUGCUACUCCUGCAAGAGCCAAGAGACCAUCCGGUCGGACUCGGUCAACCAGACCCUGUGGAACGUGCUCAUCCAGGCCUUCGUCAGCAACGGCACACAGAGCGAAAACCUGACCACCUGUGCCGCCGACCUGCCCAGCACCCCCACGGCCUCUCCCACUACAGUGGCCCCGGUAACGAACAGCACCGUGGCGCCGACGACAGCCCCCGCGCCCACCCUCCCGACGCCCACCGUCGGGAACUUCAGCGUCAAACCGGACGACAACGGCACGGCCUGCCUGUUGGCGAACUUGGGCCUGCGGAUCGGCGUCAAGCAAGGCGAGAAGUAUCAGGAGAUGAACCUGGACCCCAACGUGACCAGAGCUUCCGGAUCGUGCGGCGUCAACAGUAGCGAGCUGGUCUUGGAGUCUAACGCCAUGACCGUGGUGCUCACGUUCACCAAUGACACCAAAAAAUUCCGCCUACAAGCUGUGAAUGUCACCGCCAAGCUGAGUUCUGGUGUGACUUUCUCCGAGGCAAACGGCAGCUUGAGUCUGUGGGAGGCGGCGGUGGGGAGCUCGUACAUGUGCAACAAAGAGCAGAAUGACAGCAUCACCGGCCGGCUGAACAUCUUCACCUUCAACCUGCAAGUGCAGCCGUUCGCCGUGAAGAAGGGCCUCUUCAGUACAGCUCAUGAGUGUCCAAUGGACGACACCAGCAUCUUAAUCCCGAUCAUUGUGGGCGCUGCGCUGGCCGGCUUGAUUCUCAUUGUAGUGAUCGCGUACGUGAUCGGUCGAAGGAAGACCUAUGUGGGAUAUCAGACGCUUUGAGCGGCCGCUUUGCAGAUCGGUCACGGAAUUCGGGAGGGGGGGGGGGGGGCACCAAGCCUGGUCCUUGGAUCGACGUGCAACGAACUCGAUUGGCUCUCGACAAUCCAAACCUUUUCCAAGAAAGUCCCAAAGGUCUGACGUUAUUUUGAGUGUUCCAACGUGCACGGAGAGCAUUUGUGAGAGUCUUCAGGGACGAUCAUGUUGGAGUUUUUUUUUCUUCAAGGACCAAACUUGUCUGCACCCCGUGUUUGUAGUUUUUUGUUCUUUUCAUUUUAUUUUUUGUUUUGUUUUGCUAAUGAGCAAAUGCAAAAUCCACAUUUAUUGGCGAUGGAACAUCCGAGUGCCGACAUACAGAGAAGUUCGAUUAAAAAAAAAAAAUGUAUGGUUUAGAUUCAUUGAGCACCCAUUGUAAAGGUUUCUCUUGGUCAAGUAAUUCUUACUUUUGGUGUUUCGCUUCCGAAAUGCAACAUUUUCCAUAAUAUUUGAAAGAAUUGAGACGCACAUGUACAACAAACCGCAAAGAACGCUGUGCGACUUUUGUCUGUCAAGAUUCUGCAUUUGCUCUGCCGCCGCUCCCAUUUUGUUUGUUUUUUCCUUUAUGAUUUCCUCUUUGCACAUGAUAUACGUAUUUACUUUGAUUUUUGAGUUUUCGUCCCAAUAAUCCAAGGGUGGGGAACGUUUUACAUUUUAUUGCUUACAUACGGCCUGUCGUGCAAUUCUGCAAACAAAUUCAACCUCAGCUAAAAAAAAAAAAAAAAAAAAAAAAAAAACGUAGUAACUUUGUCAUAAGUUGGGUUGGGGGAAAAGUGUGCCCUCCCACCCCGCCAUAAUUUACUCCAUUUUUUUCAGUAUUCCGAUUCAAAUCCUGUUCAGAAAAAGAAGUUAAGCUCACUCGGUGACCAAAGGGUGAACUUGUCUGUGAACCACUAGGAACACAUUUGGAAGCUUUUUCCGAUAUUUUCCCCUGCGCAGAUUUUUGCAAUUGUUGAAAGCGAUUUUUAUCCCCGGAAGACGUUUUGACGUGCGCGGCGUAACCCACGGGACGGCUCAACGGUUCCACACGUCGCGUUUUCUGUUACACUUUGCACGAGUCGGCAAAAUCGAUCCGAAGAGUUUUUUUUUUCUUUGCAUAAUUGUUCUGAAAAGGGAUCGUAUCGUCGUUUGACAAUAAUAUCAUGUAAAUGCACUAAGACGCUCCUUUUAGCUUUCUUUUUUUUGGGGGGGGGGGAAAUUGUCACAUGAUGAAUACGCGUGUUGUGAUCCAGGCUCUGAAGGCUGCAGGAGCUCCGAAAUUAAUUUUGAACCAGGUCUUAUGACACGGUUGGUCAAUGUAAAAUCCCAAUGGAAGUAGUAGGAAGUAAUGGAGUUUUCUGCUUUCUGAUUGGCCAAUUCCUCUGCGAGCGGUUGACACUUCCGCGGUGGCAUCCGUUUUCACGGCGCUUCCCGGAUAAUUUGCGAUUCGUGGGCGUGGCUCUUCCCGACGGCCGGGUCGUCUCCCGGAGGUUCGGCCGCGUUGGAUUCUUUCUUCCCGACAUCUCGUCACACGAGCACUGCAGCCCUGUCAGAUCCUCAAAUGAAUCUUUGUUUUUUUUUUUUUGUUAUAUGAAUGAGUAUUAGGGCCAUGCUGAACAGAAAAUAAGUCAUUUUUGAGAAUUUUUUUCUUUUUUUUUUUCGUGGGAGAAUAGUCAUACUUGACAAGUAAAUUGAAAAUACUCAUAGCAGUCUUUAGGCGGAUAAUGUAAGGGAUUAUAAUAUUGCUUUAUUCUUUUUUUUUUUUUUGGGUCUGGUCACAAUAUAAUUCUCUUAAAAAUGACAGAUUUUUACAAAUUUUUGUAAAUGAUUUUAAAAAUACACCUUCCCCCUUUUCCAACUUUCUUCUUAUAAAAUGCCGUCUGUCUCAUAGUGUUGCGACUUUGCAUAAAUGACUUUUUAAUCUUGUGAGAUUACAACCUUUUCCUCAAGUUAAAUGUUUUUCCUCGUCGUGCGUAUAAUGAUAUAAAUUAUUCUUACUAUGAUUUUAUUUUUUGGUUGUUUUUGAGGUCAUAUGAUUUUGUUAAAUUUUUCAUUUUUUAACAUCAUUCUCAAAAUGGUGUUCUCAGUGUUACAUGAUUAUUCUCAUGUAUUACAUUAACAAUUUUUUUUGGGGUGAUAUGACUUCAUUCUUGUAAAGGUUUUUCUUCCCCAUAUAACGACUUAUUAUUAUUUUUCCCUUUUAAGAAUGAUCACUUUAUUCUCAUUGGAUUUUUCUUUUCAGUGUGGCCUGAAUACCUUUUUUUUUUUUUUUCCCUUGAUUUAAAAUUUGCUCCUUAAUUUUGCUUUUCCCGGGUGUGUGCGUGCGUGCGCGCGUAGGAACAAUUGCAGCGUUGUUGUCGUUCCGCUUUGUUCUUCUCGAAUCAAUAGAGAUUAGUGCCUUGCUCAGUAUUGGCGUUCAUGACAAAGCCUGCAUAAGGCUUUUUUUGCAUGUUCAACAAAAGGGAUUGCGUGUGUGUGCGUGUUAUGAUAUUGCACUGUUUUACUUUUUUUUUUUUUCUCUCUCUCAACUGGAUGAUAUAGCGUGUCAAACUUUUUUUUUUUUUUGUAGUCUGAAGAUUUAUGGAAAUAAAAAUGUGCUGCUGUCCUGGCUAUUCUGAGUAAAGUUU